GGUCUGCAUCAAUCCUUACCACUACAAGCGGGUAGAAAGUCCUGGUAGGUUCUUCCUUGUUUGUACCCUUGCACCUUAUCUAAACAAUGCAAAGUAUGGCAGUUAAUCAUGUGACUCAUCAGCUUAAGUAAGCAGAAGUAGCUGUUUGCACACGUCAGAUUUGUACUCUGUAAUCUAUCUGGAUAUAAGCAUUGAUUUGCAGUUCUCCCUUUCACAGGGUGAAUACUUGCCAUAUAUAAAUGCAUUUUAUCACUGUGCACCGGCAUGCUCUCUCUAUGUGCCUUAAGUUGCUGUAUCUAUUGCCUCCUGGUUUUGUUGGUGGCCGCUGUCCCUCAAUUCAUUUUAUUUUUUUCUGUUUUACUGAACUGUGCAGAUCGAGUAUGUAUGAAAUGUUGCAACAGGAGGGAUAAGUGUGUUUUGUGGGUGAAAAGCUUUCUGAUAUGGUCUUACUGUUAUUAUUUCACUUCUAUCACUUCUGUUCCUUCACCCUCCAGAAGAUAGUAUUGUCUUCAAGAUUGCCUACAGCUUUGGCCUUUUGAAGUCUGUGAGUUUUUUAGGCUACAGAAUAUACCCUCUCAACAUGGAGCUUUGAUAGUGGCUUUUUUUUUUGUACACAAAGUUUUACCUUUAGUUGUUGUGCAAGUGGAGUCUGUUUACCCAUUACCCGCUUCCAUAACAAGCGCAGCCUGUUCUCUGUCUCCUCUUCAAGGGCCUUUUUAGUAAAUCUGUGCUUGAUUUGGUUGUGCGAGUUUGUUUUCAGGAUCUUUCCAGGGACUAAGUUGAAAUGUGCUUAAACAUGUCUCCACUGGUCUCCAGUUACUUGUGAGGUUGUACAGGGACAUCUGCAGAAAUGCACUGCAGGUGUGAGUGGGCUUUUCUGGUUUAACUUUAGGAGAUCUGUCUGUGUUAGGCACUUGGUAAACUGUGAAGCUGUUUCUGCAGAGUGGCAUGGAUUGCUUAAGAACUGCAGUGGAAAUGAGGUUGUUACCAGGUUAUUUUCCUGUGAAUGGAAAUUGCAUUUAUCUUGGAUUUGCAACACGCAGCACGUAUCUCGAUGGCAAAUAUUUCCCUUUGGUGUGUUAGUAUUGGUUUGGAAAUGAUGUGUAUGAUACCCAUAAAGUAUGUCUUUUGUGCAGCAGAUGCUUAAACAAAGGAGCCCUCUGCACUGGAGGAAAAAAAAAGGAGUUUUAAAAAAAUUUUAAGGGUAGCACGUUAAGCAGAAGUGGGACAAUAAAAUAAAUAGCUCAUACUAUGAGUUUUCUGCAUGUGUCUGCACCAGGUGUGUACGUUCGGUGUUCCAAAGUACUGAAAACUAAGAUUCCCAAAGCGCAUCUAGUUCAGUCAGAGUGAGCAGCAGUUGGGCUUUUGCUGUCAUGGUAACACCAAGUGAUGUGUUACAACUCAUUUCCCUUUAAUCUUGGAAGCAGUUACUGAGUUCGAGAACGUUCUAAUUCACAUCAUUUAUGCCAUAUUUAAGAAUGUAUUUGUAAGUAUCCUGUCACUUCAUUGAGAUAUACGCAGUAACAAUAGAACAGAACUUUCAGAAGAUGUCUAACUGAAAUGUGCUGAGUACUGCUAGGUAGCUUCAGUGGUUGGAAAGUAAGCUUGAAUUUGGGAUUCCUGUGAAGUUGUUUUGGGGUAAGGUACAAAUUUCCAGAGUUUGUGUGGUCAGAGAAUUUUUGCUGGGGGAAAAAAAAAAAACCAAACAGUGACUUAACCAGUUUGGAGAUGGUAGCAAUGAUAUAUUUCCCUUCUGCUCAGCCAUUGCCCUUCAGGAAAAACCAGGUGCUUCUGGUCAUCUGCUUAGUAGGCUACUGGGCAGUUCUUCUGUUUACAUCAGGGCUGGAAUCAGCUUGACAGAGCUGAUGGAAGUAUUUCGUCAUCCAGAAGAUCAGUGUGCUGCUCUGACCAGCUGACGUUUUCUGGAGGGGAUUCUGAACAGGAGUUACCUCCUGCCUAAUGAGUCGUGGGGCUGCAGGUAUGAAGUUGUGUGUAUGCUGGAGUCGCAUCUUAAGAACUUUCAGUGGAUUCCAAAAUGCAAGAGUGGGGUCAAAGCCUGAAGUUUUUACUAAGCUCUCUGGCUGGGUUUGUGAUAGAGGUUUUUCUACUUAAUUGACACUAUAGAUCAAUCGUUGUUUUGAGGGAUAUUGGAUGGAGAUGAAUUUGGAGUAUGUGGCUUUUGGGAACAGGUGGUAACGGAGCUGCCAUUUGGCCUAGAGAUGUGCACUUCAUAAGUGACAACAUCUCCUCCUUUCCCUUCCCUGUUCUUUGUCCCCAGAGCGUCACUUUUGGCUUCACUUCCUGACAGUCACACUCAAAUUUAGCUAACCGUUUUUUCCCAUUUUUGCCUGGACAUUAAAACACCAUUAUUGCUUCCGAAGUGCUUACACUUUGAGAUUAAUGGAUAGGGGGAAUUCACACAUGAGUCACUGUUUCCAAGAGCCUGCGUACCCAAGCAGAUAUCAAAACUUGUGUUUCCAAGGUUAUCACAGCCAGGAGCUUUGGAAUUGUAGAAUUGUACUUGACUAAAUGAAGUUAGAAGCUCAAGAGAGUGUAUGAUGGGCACUCUGUGCAGGCUGUAUGAGUGCAUUGUGAAAUUCUGGCUCUGCCUGCCAGCUUGAUCAGUGCUUAACUGCCUCAAACAGACCUCAAGAGCUGCUCUGUAGGGCGCUGCCUGGGAUAGGAUCGGUGUGCUCUGUUCACUUUCCUGUUAGUUGUCACGUGGUUGGUGUUUGUGUAAGUUCUGAAGAGCGGAUUAACAGUAAAUCCUCAAAUAGAUAAAAUCAUGUAGUGCUUUCAGUUGGGAAAUUAGUCUCACAGAUGCUUUUAUGUUUUCACGGUGCCAGAGGGAUGCAUCUCUGCUAUUCAGCUUGAAAAUACGAGCUUGGAAAUCAUUGCAGUUGGAAUGCUGUAGUCUGUCUGUGAACUACAGUGUUACACCUGAAUUCACGUCAGAUUUUUCUCCAUUAGCCAGGCUGGAUAAAAACUGGUUGCAAGGAGUCAUGGGAAGGCUGAGAAGAGAACGGCCUGGAGUUUCAGAGCCUCCCAGGUGUCCCUGACCACUGAUAUCCAGGAAGAGACUUAGGUGUGAUUUGGUGGUAUGAUGGUAAUGCCUAACCUGAUUCAGAGGCUCUGUAUGGUCACAAAAGCUAACCAGAGAACUGCUGUUUGGAGAUACCAUCCUCAAGCAGCUACUGCAUUGGGCUGUGCCAGCACAGCUGUCUCCAUGGCCUUGUGUUGGAGCAGCCUGGCAGUGCUUUGUUCCCAUCCCACUGCUGCCUUAUCUCAUGGGCUGAUCAGGGUCACCCAGGGGAUGCAGGAACACCCAUGCACCCGCGGGGCCUCGCAUCUGGCCUGUGGGUGGGAGCAGAGGUGGUGUGAAGCAAGCGGGCCAAGUGGAGGCUGUUUUGUUGCUGAGAGCAGGAACACAAUCUCGUUCUCUACUGCCAGGAUGAAAUAUCUUCUGGAGAUAUGUUACAGUAGCUUGCUGAUGCUGUUUCAUAGCUCUGUUGGGUGCAGAAUUAUUUCUGGUGCAGAAAUGGCUGUGUUGAUAGGUGUGAAUUUUUUUCCCUUGGCAAGGCAAAGCAAAGCUUUUAAUUAAGGAGGGUAGGAUCUCGAUUUGAUGCCUUUUAAAAACUGGUGAGGUCAGCUGAACUGGUGUGCUUGUGUGGCUGAAUCUGCUUUUUCUCCUCAGUUUUAGUUUUGGCUUAGAGAUACCUGGAGAUCAGGCUUCUACGUAGAAGCUCUGGGACUCUUUAAGUAUGACUGAGACCGGAGACUGGGUGUAGGCACUGGGAGAGGAGAAAGCAAAUGUGUUGUUCCUCAGCUCCGUUUGAAAAUGCCACAAAUAACCUCUCUGGUUUUGCUGGAGAAAACAUGAAAUGACAUCCCAAAGUCUUUCCUGAGAUGCUUCUUUCUUUCCUGCUUUUAAUCUGUUGUUUUUGUUUCACGGAGACGCAUCGUCUGUCUCUUGCCUCUGUCUUCGGUUAUGCCAAUGGAAUCAGGUGAAAGACGUGUCUCAGAAUUUGGAAUAAACAAGAAGCCUGGAUCCAGUUUGCUCUAAUAGCAAAACAGGGAUGGAAUAGGGAACGGAGGGGCAGAGGAGGUUCAGUUCCUUUGCUUAGCUGAACAGAAGGAAGGAAGAAACUGUAUGUUUCUUAUUCCCAUAGAACUGAUGGAUACUGGCCAUGGGUUCCAUCUGCUGCAGAGCUGUGUUAGCAGGCCCCUGCUGCUUAUCAGCCUUCUAGAUUAAAGAGAGUUUGAGUUCAUAAUACGUUGCAAAGGAAGCAAGAGAGCGAUUAACUUUUCUUUUAGCUUGGUGUGUGGAAGUCAAUGGUGCAGAGUAUUUUAUGUAGGGUAUAUGCAAGCAUACAACUGAGGGGUAACUUCUGAGAGUGGCGUGUGUCCAGAAUGAGCUGGUAUCUUUGGGGCUCAGGCUCAGAAAAAGCCUGCUUUGCACUGAUCUGAGAAAGCUUAAGCUGGCUCAGAAGAUGUAGUUGUUAUGUUUUGGUAUAUAUUUCUGGAGAUGAUAACUUAUGUUCCAGUAUUCCUGAACCAUGCAGUCCAGAGGAGCACUAAAACUGCUCUGUCAGAAGCAGCUGAUCUGUCUUCAGAAAAGUUCUGGCUGUGUUUGCCAACUGAUGGACUCUUCUGCUUGGAUGCCCGUCUUCCGAUCAAUUGCAGAACGAGCAGUGGGUGCUUCUUUGUGACGUGGAUGAAUGCGUUGUCAGAAUGGCUGAAUUUUUAAUUUUGCUUAAGUAUCAUGGUCCUUUCCUAUAUAAACACGAAUUUGAAGUGGAUGUCUGCCUCGGUAAGCUUGCCUUCAGUGGCAAGAAACAUUUAAUGUAAAUGUAGAGGUGCUUUAUGCCGCAAGAACAGACCAAGUCUGUCCCUGGGCUCUGAGAAGAGCAGUAGCUGUGUCGUGCUGGUUUUGCUUCCAGCCUGUGACUUUAACCUGAUUGCUUUCAAAUGUGUCUUUGAUCUUCUCUGCUCUUUGCUCUGAAUGUGUCUGUCAGGCUGCACACCUGAUCGUGUGCACCAGAGGUGCAGAAGGAAACUGAAAAUGGUGGAAACCCUGGCUAAGGCAGGUUGAGAUUUGUGCAGCCCUGGAAGUGGAUGCUCCACAGAACAGUGUUGCUGCUCUGAUACUCGGCAGAAGAAAAAGACUAUGUUUAGAGGAGCUUUCUAAUGCCAUUUGAAAUCAUACAGAUAUUUGGUUGUGUAUAGCUGUGUGAUUAUGUGUGUGCUUGUGCUAGCUGAUGUUUGCUCAUGUGCGCUCUUUCUCCAUAUAGGUACUGUACCAAAAAAUGAAAUGGGCCCAUCAGUCUAACCCAGUCUCAUUCCCUGGUACCUACCCAGGUUCGGAUCACUGUGUAUGAAGCUACCAUACCCAAGCUGGUACCUGUUGGAUCACCACAAAGAGUGCUUAGGCUUCAGAUAAGCAGCAGAGUUCAAAUACAGUGUGCUGCUUGUGGCUCUGGCUGCUUCCGCAGGCAUCGUCAAAUGGGCAGAGACUGUAAUUCCUCCAGGGUCAAAUAGGGAAGCAGGACGGAAAACGGGGGGUGAGCAGCAGUUCCCUAUGGGACUGCCAGCUUGCCUGGGCUUCCAGGGUUCCCAGGGCCUGCAUGGCCCCAGCACCUGGGAGGACCGGAGGCGGCAGGAGAGCCUCCGGCUGCUUUCCGGCCAGAUGGAGAAGCUUUGAUGGCCAGGGCUCGGGGGAGCUGGGGACCAGCUGUGUGCAGCGCUCCCCCACUGCCUGGCCUUCUGGAGGGUGGUGCUGGAUAAGGGGGGAUGCAGGGAGCAUGGAGAGGAGCCUUGUGUGAGGAGUGUGAGGGGGGGAGCCCGGGGAAGGAGAAUGCAUGUGCAGUGGAAGGAGGAAAAGAGAGGGAGGGAAGAAGGAAAAUAAUAGAGAAACAGGUCAGCAGCUGAUUUGAAACAGAGAAAAAGGAGAUCCAAUUUACAGAACUAAUUUACAGAACCAGUUUACCAAAAUUCCCCCUUUAUUCCCAUAGCAGGGUUUGUGCACCUCUGGAGGCUCCAGGGGUGUGUGAGGAGGGGAUGGCGUCGCCAGGAAGUUUUGCCUUAUUGCUACAUAACCCUGCUGUUGGGCAUAACUUUAAAAAUAGCAUGCUACAACAGAACUCGCUUUUGAAAUUCCCCACCAGAACUGAAACAGGCAGACAGAAGGGAGGGGGAGGCUCCAAACUUUUUUUCCUUUGUCCAGCCUUGGGAAGGAGAGCUGCAGUAAGGGGACAGAAGCUGUCAAGAAGGAUGUUCGUUUGUUUCUUAAUGUUUUUAGUUAAUGAGGUUCAGAUGUUUCUUUCUGACUUAGAAGAGCAGGCUUCCAUACUUGAACCUAUUCAGUAGGACAGUGACUUUGGUUUUCGUACAGGUAAUUCGAACUCUGCUCUGUGUAAAUGUCUCACUUAAUGCAUGCUAUGACACCAUAACUCUCUCCUGUACUCUCUCCUGUACUCACUCCUGUAUCAGGAGUGCUUCUCCCUCCAAAUCAGCUUACAAGAACUCCCUCGCUAAUGUGCAUAUGAUUAGUACUAAAUUCUGAAAUUGGCCUUGACAAAUGUCAGUUUAAUCAAAACGUUAGCUUAUCAGAGCAUCCGCAAGUAAAAUCUAAUGUUAACUGAAUAUUGUAAUGCAGGAAAUGUACUAAUGUUACUUGCCAAAUGCAUUUAGACCAGAUGUCUGAUGUAAAAGUAAAGUCAGCGAAGCAACAACUGUGCUUUUUUUUUUUUCUUUUUUCCCUUCUGUUUUUAAAUACAGUCUUCAGUUGCAACUAUGUAAGAUGACAAAUCAAGCUGUGGGGUCUGCAGAAACUGCAAAAUAAAACAAAGAGUUGAGAAAGCAAGACAGCUCGAAGCUUUCUUCUGGAAUGGGAAGUCUGGAAUGUUCGUCUGUCACCCAGCACAGACUGCUGGACAGCUAUUGUUGAGCCCUUUUCCUUUGCAGCUACUAGGACGUAGGUUUGGAGCAGCAGCCCAAAAGGCUGGCAGUUCUGCUUCAGAGAGAACAGAAAAGCUGUGCUCUGCAGCCUGUAGCACUGUCUGCUUCAGCCAGGAGGUAUUGCAACAACAUAAAGUAGCGAGAUCCGUGGGGAAUUGCAUUUGCCACAGCAGUAAUUAUUUUUAACCAAGAGUAAACUUGAUCCUGAGUGUAGGCAUGUCAGUGUCUUUGUAUGUGAGAACUUGUCCUCUGGUCAGAAAUUUCAAUUUUGCCAGGUCUUGUUUGAGGCAACACAAGAAGACCUAAUGACAUGAAAACUUUUCUUUCUGCUCGGUGUUUUAUUGUUUACAAGCAAGACCUUGGCAAGACAUGUCAGUCAGUGAGCCCCAGUGGCUCGUUAAUGCUGGAGACAGCAAGCAGAGGUAAGCGCUGAGCUGGCUGUGUGCUGGUACCUGCUCUGUUCCCACUGUGGGACUGGUUACUUGCUGGGGUGCCACGGCCUGCUUUGGCUGCACUGGCCUCAAGGGCAGGAAAUUGAGGCAGGAGUCUUCAGAAGCAUUGAAAUUUGUUAGUUUAACAUUGCUGCUGUGCUUUUGGGAUUUUUGGGUGUGUGUGUGUGUGUGUGCUGGUUUGGUGUUCCUUCUUUCAAACUCUGACUUCUUCAUUUGCCGCUUUGUCUUUACAGAAGGAUCUAUGAGGAGCACUGAGUGAGCCUUGUGUUUUCAUACCCAUCUCCAGAUAGUGCCAACUGCUGUGUGAGGAUUUCCUUCCUUCUCAGCAUGCAGUUUUAUCUUCCCCAUAAAACAUGAGUGACUUUGCAUAAAUUCAUAUGAAAAUAAAGCUGUAUGAUGCUUGCAAAUUAAAGUACACAGUCUAAUGAUAGUGCCCCGAGGCCUUCAUAAGGGCUGAAGGCCCUGUUUUGGUGUUAGGCUGCACAAACACUUCUACAUAACACGUACCCACCAAGUCGUCAUGAUUUUUAAGGGCAGGGUGGUUGAAAGUGAAGCAGCUAUUGCUCAACUUUUACUUAUUUAUUUGGUAAAGCUAGCAGAAAUAGUGGAAUUUACUUUGGAAAGGGCGAUCAGAGCCUGCUUUCUUAUGUGUGGCUCCUUGGAAUAUUCCAUUAUUUGUUCUUGGAAUUUCCAGACAUGAAAAGAGAGAUCCCUACCCAAAUCUUCAUGAAACAAGCCCGUGAGGGAAAUCACUUAUCAUCCGGGCUUGUGUAAGACAAGCAGAAUUCAUCUGGAUAAAAAAAUGAGAUACUUGGAAUGUACAGCGGGUCCUUUGGUUUGGAGUAGGGUUUAUUUUUUAAGAGGGAGGCUUUAAAAAAUGAGUUGUAAUCAUAAAUCAGUGACUUUCUCUCUUUGCUGAAAUCAUUAUCUCUGGAAUGUGAAAUUAGAACAAAAAGGAAAACCAAGAAGAUGUUGAGCAUAGCACACCUGUUAGUUUUCUGAAGAACGGAGAUACAAAGAGUAGAGAUCAGUAACUUUCUUCAAAGGCCACUGUAACAUUUUCAUGAAAGCAUUUCUUUCUUGGUGUGGUUGGUUGGAACAUUUAUCUGAACAGCCUAGUUGUCUUUGGUCUAUAUUCUGUGUUUUUGACGUUCUUGGCUCUUAGAUGAAAUAGCCCUGUGGGUGAAAUUGCCCUUUAGCUGUAAUUUCUUUAAUACAGCUCCGCUUGUUUGGUGCAUGCAAAUUCAGAAUGCAAUUUGCAUGUUAAAAACAGGCUACCUAAUUCCCAGGCUGUCUCACUCUGUUGACAGAUAUAGGAUCUUUUCUUUCCUACAGUUCUGCAAACAUACCCAGCUUGACUUCCUCCAGCUUGACUUCCAGGGGGUUUACCUUCCUCCUCAGCCUUUAGUAGCAGUGCUGCUACUAGUAGGCAUGUUUUAGGGCUGGCAUCCAGGUGCACGUCUGCAGCAAGGUUUAGACACAGCUUAACCCCUAAAACCUUUUAAUUUGGUGUUUGAGAAAGUACAGAAAUCGAGCUGAUGACUUGCAGUUCUACUCCAUUAACUGGUUUUAACCAUUUUUAUGGGGUUGAAUUUACAGAUUUUUUUGAGACACUGUUUGAUAUGAUUGUUUCAGUAGCCUUUUAAGACAACAGUGUAUUUAGUGUUUCCUUUCAAUGUGUGCAUCCAACUGAAUAGAAAUAGUGAUAACUUAAAAAUAUAUAUUUUUUUCCUACUUCUGCAACUGUUUUCCACUAAAGACUGCAAAACAGGGAGAAAUUCUCUCUGCAGACUGUUGCAGUAGUGCCCUGCAGAGAUCUCCACAACAAAGAUGUGCCCUAGUUCAUUAUUUUAUAGCAACAGGUGUGCUGGCUUAGCAUAGAAUAACUCUCUCAUGCUUUCUCCCCUUCAAUUAUACCUCUUCCUGAAGUUGGCAGCUGCUGCAGAGAUCCGCCUCCUCCUCUGCUGUACUGAGCCCUGGUAAUUUGUUAUUCCAUAUGGCUGAGGGCUGCAACCUGACUAGGAGCUCACUGCCUUAGAGAGGGGUGAGGGGGAUAAGAACAGUAUGCCUCCCCCUUCACACAUUGAAUUCCUGGCACCCAUUCCUACCCCGCUCAUGUCUUUGCUCACGGGUGGAUGGUGUUCAGAUUAACUCCUCAGUGACUCCAGCGGGAGCGUCGAGGCUGCCAAAAACCCUUGAGCCUCAGAGAGAUCAGGUUAUGGCAGGGAGUGGUUGUCUCGGGGUCGGACUAAUUGCAGUGCUGUGGACUCAGUCCCACCUGAUGUGGCCUUUGGGGCUUUUUCUCCUCAUCUAAAUUUUGUAUGCAGGAGAAUGUGAGUUAGGGGCAGCAUUCAAGUAAAUUCUGCAGUGAUAUUUUUGAAGCUGUUUAGGCAGUCCCAGUACUGGUUCUUCCUCCCAUCCUCCCCUUUCUGUGUGUAUUUUGAAGGAGUUGGCAUUUAAUUAUUUUAGGUUGAAGGAGUAGCGGGAGGAAAAGCGUAGGGACGGUGGGGAAGAAGAGAUGUGUUCUUGUCCUGAGUCCUUCUGAACUUUGAGAACAUGCAUGUAUGCCUUGGGAAAAUUGGCACUGCUGUAUUUUAAUUACAGAAAACAUACAGAAAAUAUCCUGCUGUCCAGCUUUUAAGUGCUAUAAAUUGUAUAGCUUCCUGUGAUGUCAUGCGUGUCAUUGUUUAAUGUGAGACUGUGGAUGGGAAAGGUAAGUAGUGUACUUUCUGCACAAAUUAACUUUAGAAAAGUUAAUGGUUUGACCUUCAUCUGCAGGAAGGGAAGAGAUAGGAAAGAUGUGUUUUUAAUGCUCAGCAAAGUAAGGAAGAACCAUAAAGACAGGAAAGGGAAAAUACUUUUUAACACAUGAUCUCAUCGUUACUUUUUUUUCCACUUGUAAUUUAUGAGUCCGGCAGAUGUUGACCAAGACAGCUGAAGUAUUGCUUGACCUCGCUACAAAAGGACUGUCAAGCUUGACAGAAAGUGUUUAAUUUGGAGGGAUUCUACUAUUCAGAGAGUGGGCCUGACGUUUGCCGUGUUGUGGAUGAGGGGAUUUAUGAUGUCCAACUCGAAUGUUUUUCUUUAUUUCCUGGCUUUUUCCAGUGACUUAUGAGACCUAUGAGGAGAACAGUUGCUGUUGAGGCAAGAGGCAGACCGCGUGGCCAAGGGAGAUGCAUCUUCUCCUGCGGUGUUUUGCACUUGGGAAAUUCCAAAGAAUGGUAGAUAGGUGUGCUUUGUUUCAGAAAGUGCUAUAAUUAGAAACCUUUAUUAGAAUAUUCCUUUUAAAGGGGGUCAGCUAAUAUUUUCAUACCUAAACAAAUCUCCCUAGGAACGAUAUCUGUCUCGAGUGUUUGAGAUCCAUUGAAACUUGGUGAAGCUGUUCUAAGAAAAUGAAACGUCAGAUUAAAUCUUUAAAACACGCUUUUGACACUAACUGGCAGCCUUCAUUUCAGUUUGAGGGUUGUCUUUUUUUCUUCAGUGUAUGUAUUCAAGGAAGGUUUCUGAGAUCAAAUAUUUCACACUUUAAUACCACCAGCAGGAAAAAAAAAAGAUUAAUUUCUCUCUUAUGUGUAUACUUCAAAAAAAAAAAAAAAGCAAGGAAAACCUGCUGCUUUGAUUCAUGUUUGUCUUGCUUUCAGAACACUGGGUAAGUUGUGUGUGUGUAGCACCGUUCAAUAUCUAGUUUGAAUUUGGACCUAGACUUUAGGCCUGGUCUGUGGGUGUAGUGAUAGUGGUGUGCUCUUAGAUCCUUGGACACUCCACUAAGAACCCGAAUGCUUUUGUAUAAGCAAAGUGCUGGAAGAAAUAAGUUUCUUAAUGCAUUGGAAGAACCUGUUUGUCAAAAUGACAUCGGUCGUUGUUUUAUUUUUACUAUCAGUUCGUAAUUCCCCUUAUGGUGAAGCAACUGUUAAGAAACACCUUUCUUAAUUGAGUGAUACAGUUCUGCGUGUGGGGGCUUCUCCUGUAUAUGCGCUCUUGCUGUGCUCCUGCUUUUCUCCUGCGUGGCCACCUGGGCAGGGCACAGGGCUGGAGUCUCAGGGAGGGGCUGUGGUGUCCUGGCUUGCUUUGAUGCUUUGUGCUUUUUGGCAGCCUCCCUUGAAGACACCCAGGGGGCUGCCUGGUCCCAUGUGGCUGUGCAGCUGGGAAAUAGGUAGUGAAUGGAAGCAGGCAGGUGUGGACAGCAAUAACUUCUUAUUUCACUUCCUUCUGCAUAGGUUGCCUGUGUAGGCCCUUUCUUCUCCUUUUUCCUCCAUAACCCACAAAAUCUCUCAAACAAGACGAGCUUUUAAUCUUUUGAGUAGCUUGGACUUCACUGUGAGGCGUUUAAAGAUAGAAGAUGAAGUGUUGGAAAAAGAGCUGAUUCUUUUAUCUUGAUGUAGCUGGUAUCAUGUUCAUAUUCCCAGUUAAAGAGGCCUUUGUUUCCCACUGCUGAGGAGGCCUUGAGAGUGUGGGGAAGCCAGCAGUUUGUGAUGUGUUUCUCCGAUCCUGUAGUAGCAUUUACUUGGAACUCAAUGGCUGAUCAGUUGUUUUUGUUUUUAUUAUUUUUGAAAAGUAUAACUUUAUUUGAAUUGCAUUUGUAAACCGACUUGUAGGGUUAAUAACCAUUUCAAUACUAAUCGGUACGAACAUAGCCUAGGUUAAAAAUAUAACUACAACUGUUGGGACCAGGCUCAGUUCAAGAUCUGUGUAGCAUUAGUACUGUCUUCAGAAAAAACCAUGUCUGUCCUUAUUAGGCGGGUUUUAGGUUACAAGCCAUUACAUGAUUAGCAAGAUCACAAGUAGAGUAGAACAAAGUGUGUGUCACGAUCAUGCUGUGGCUACUUCACAGCAUUUCUUGGGGCAGGAAAAAAAACUGCAGUGUUGAAUUGCUGCUUACCCUUGGAUCUUCCCUGGCCCUCUGUAAAAUCAAGCUCCAGUUUGUCAAACCAGUUCUACCUCCGGUGCUGGUUCCAAGGCACAGCGAAUACAACCCUCAGCACAGCCUCUUGGCUCAGUUCCGCAACUUGGGACAAAAUGAGCCCCACAUGCCACACAACGCUACUUUCCCGGACUCUUUUCAGCAACCCAACAGUCACCCGUUCCCCCAUUCGCCAAACAGCAGCUAUCCAAACUCGCCUGGAAGCAGCAGUAGCACCUACCCACAUUCUCCAGCCAGCUCAGACCCAGGAAGCCCUUUUCAGAUGCCAGCUGAUACUCCUCCUCCUGCUUACCUGCCUCCGGAAGAUCAGAUGACACACGAUACCUCCCAGCCAAUGGAUACCAACAUGAUGGCACCCGGAAUCCACCCUGACAUACACAGAGGAGAUGUUCAGGCUGUUGCUUAUGAAGAGCCGAAGCAUUGGUGCUCCAUUGUUUAUUACGAGCUGAAUAAUCGUGUUGGGGAGGCCUUCCAUGCCUCUUCCACCAGCAUCCUGGUGGAUGGCUUCACUGAUCCUUCAAACAACAAAAACAGAUUUUGCCUGGGGCUGCUCUCCAAUGUUAACCGGAAUUCCACCAUUGAGAAUACAAGGAGGCACAUUGGAAAAGGUGUUCAUCUCUAUUAUGUUGGUGGAGAAGUGUACGCUGAAUGCCUCAGCGACAGCAGUAUUUUUGUGCAAAGUCGAAACUGCAACUACCACCAUGGUUUCCAUCCAACCACAGUGUGCAAAAUUCCUAGUGGCUGCAGUUUGAAGAUUUUCAAUAAUCAGGAGUUCGCUCAGCUCUUAGCACAGUCGGUGAACCAUGGCUUUGAGACAGUGUAUGAGCUUACCAAGAUGUGCACUCUCCGCAUGAGUUUUGUAAAGGGUUGGGGAGCUGAAUAUCAUCGACAAGAUGUAACGAGCACUCCAUGCUGGAUAGAGAUACACCUUCACGGUCCCCUUCAGUGGCUGGAUAAAGUACUUACUCAGAUGGGCUCUCCUCAUAAUCCUAUUUCUUCAGUGUCUUAAGGUCCCAAGCUCCUGCAUUUUGGAAACAAUUGAGCCUUGCAUGUACUUGAAGGACGUAUGAGUCAGACACAGUUUUUUUCAUUUUCCCCCCCACCCCGAACUGGCAACAGCUGAAUAAGAGCCAUGAAAAUAAUUUACUUCUGUGACCAACUGUUGGAUUUGGGGAAAAAAACAACACAACAAAACAAAAAACCAAAAACAAAAAACAACCCCUUUGACAUAGUACUGUUGGUAUCAAGUAUCUUAGUUUACAUAGUAACAUUCUAUUGCAAAGUUGAUUUACAGGCCUUGUCAUAAAGGAGGCUACUGAGCCAAAACAACAAUCUGUUGGACUGAGUUCACGAAGGAGUUUCCUAUAGUUGGCACUCUGAGAUUCUCUUCCUUCUUGACAUCCAGCACUCACUGCUUUUUUUUCCCCCACGUUAUCCUCUUGGGCUAAGAGCUGAUGUUGGUGAAGCCUGCUUUUAGCAGGCUUUCUGCAGUAUGUUUUAAAACCAUUUGUUUAAGCUGAUAGUUAUUCUUCUCUUUAUAAGACAAAAACCAACCAAACAAACAAAAAAAACAAACACCUAACAUAUAGUUUUAAUAUCAAUAUCUUGUAAUAAUCUUGGAAAUUGUGUCCUGACCAUACUGCUGUAAGAAUGUUAGGUAUCUUUUUUGGUAAAUGUAUUUAUGGUGUAUUUGGAAGCUUAGAAAUCCUUUAGAUGUAGACCCAUAAAGGAAUUAGGAGUAUCUGAAUGGGGGGAAGAGGGAGUGGGAAGAGAUGAUGACAACUGAAAUGUAGAAUAUAUUGUAAACAUAGGUUGUUAGUUUAAACUGAGGUCUGAGUUUUGCUGUGCAUUUCAUUUUUAUCGUGGCUUCACCUUGUUAAUUCUGACUUUUUUUUGCCUCUUCCUUUUUCUCCCAGAGCAAUUGCGCAGUUGGGUAAUUCUUUUACCUGUGAAGAGGACGAAAUGAUUAAUUCCUGCAGUUUGAAGGCUGCAGCUCUAUGUAUUUCAAGACAAAGUUGUACAGUGUGCUCUUUAACUAUUGAGCAGUUUUAUACAGUGUAUGUAACAGAAAUAGGCUUUUAAUUUUGUAAGAGAGUCUUGUUUUGCCAAAUCUAGAAACUGUUAAUUGUUUGGAGGGCUUCAAAAUCCCCAUGUGGGUCUGUUUCAAACUUUUAAAAAUAUAUAUAUUUUUAAUUUUUUUUACUGCUUGGUUUAUUUUCUUCUCUUUGAUCUUUUAUAUUCACGUAAGCUGUAGUACUUUAAGUACCUUUAUUCCAAACUUAGUGGGUCCUCUUUACUGGAAGUUUCGAAUAAAACCUGUUGUUACUGCUUACAUUUGAUUAAAA